UUUCGGUGUAGUAAAAUCUAUAACAAAAAAUACCAGAUUAACUGAGAAUGUGGCUUUGUCUGAAAAACGUACUGCUCGCUGUGAUUCUAUGCACAGCGCUGGGCUUAUGUCGGGCAAAUGUUUGCAUCGAAAGUGCUUAUGAGAGCGACACCUCCGAUCUGGUCUACAAGUGCCGUAAAGGUUGCGUGGGAACUGUGCCCAACUGUCUGCCCGUCUGCGAUAAUGGUUGUCCAGCGAAUAGCAAUUGCACUUCACCCAAUGUCUGUGAAUGCAACACAGGGUAUAUUAUAAACGAAUCGAAUCCCGAUGCUGCGCCCAGCUUAAAGAGUUGUAAAUCCGCCUGCGAACCCGAUUGUCCUGCGCAUAGUCAUUGUGCUGGCUAUAACAAAUGUAUAUGCAAUGAGGGCUAUGUUGAAAAUGCAACCAAUCCGGAUGUUGUGCCCAGUUUGCAGAGCUGUAAGCCAACAUGCGUAACAGACUGUCCCAGUCACAGUUAUUGCGCCUCACCAAAUAUUUGCCAAUGCAAUAAGGGAUAUACGCCGGAUAAAAUUAAUAACAAUAUUGUGCCCAAUCUAAAGAGUUGUAAGGAACAGUCCGAAGAAAAUAUCACGGUUCUGCAGAUUGCCCUAUAUAUUCUUGUGAUAUGUUUUUUGGUAUUCGCCAUAAUAGUUGUCAUUUUAAUGCUUGUGAUUUGGAUAAAAACUAGAGAGGAUAAGUGGCGCACUUCAUUUACAUCGCAUUCAGAAUUUGAAACUAAGUAAAAGGUUUUUUUUAUCAACUUUUAAUCAAC